GAGAGUAGAAUGUGCAAGCGGACGCGUGUAGUAGCACGUUCCAUCGGAAGCAGAUCAGACACCCAAGAAGCAAAUCGAGCGCCGCCUACGGUUGCAUAUGCCCGAGCCCAGAUUGUAAAGAGGUGGAUGGAGAGGAAGAGGAGAGGGAUGAUUGCCUGCAUGAGAGGAGGAUUCAGGAGUAGUCGUGUCGCGGUUUCUGCUGCUGCUGAAGUAGCUGCAGGUGUGGUGGACAAGGUUGUGGUCGAGAGAGGAGGAAGAA